UUUGCCUGCUGAGGAGCUGUAAGAGUGUUACUAGCAUGUUUGCUCACAUUAGAAAGUGUUGCAGGUUGUUAGACAGGCGCAGUGGUGUGAAAAACGUCAGUAAAGCAUUAUUCCAGUCGGUAAAUGUUAGCAUUAGUCGGCUGUGUUCGAGCGCUACACAGAAUAAAGUUCCAUUUGGAGUCUCGACUUUCAGGUCGAACUGCGGCGCUGCUCCGGAGACAAACCAGAGGCGACGAGAUGACAACAUCCCCUUCUCGGCAUUCUUGACAGACAGCUUUGGCCGGAGACACAACUACCUGCGGAUCUCUCUGACUGAGAAAUGCAACCUGCGCUGCCAGUAUUGCAUGCCAGAGGAGGGGGUUAAGCUGACACCACGUUCGCAGCUUCUGUCCACCUCAGAGAUACUGACCCUGGCUCGCCUUUUUGUUCAGGAGGGGGUGGAAAAAAUCCGCCUCACUGGAGGAGAACCCCUCAUCAGACCUGAUGUUGUGGAAAUCAUUGCCGAACUGAAGAAGCUGAAGGGACUCAAAACCAUUGCAGCAACAACUAACGGCAUGAACCUGGCCAGGCUGCUGCCUAAGCUGAAAGAUGCAGGCCUCAACCUGAUUAACAUCAGCCUGGAUUCACUUGUCCCUGCAAAAUUUGAAUUCAUUGUCAGGAGAAAAGGGUUACACAAAGUCAUGGAGGGUAUUGAUAAGGCAGUCGAAAUGGGAUACAACCCUGUUAAGGUCAACUGUGUGGUUAUGAGGGGACUCAAUGAGGAGGAGCUACUUGAUUUUGUGUCACUCACUGAGAAUAAGCCUCUGGAGGUGCGCUUCAUUGAAUAUAUGCCCUUUGACGGCAACAAGUGGAAUUUUAAGAAGAUGGUGAGCUACCAGGAAAUGCUAGACCACAUAAAGCGGCAGUGGCCCAAACUGGAAAUGGUUCCUACUGGACACACGGACACGGCCAAGGCUUUUAAAGUGCCUGGAUUUGAAGGUCAGGUGGGCUUCAUAACCUCCAUGUCUGACCAUUUUUGUGGCUCCUGCAACCGAUUACGCAUCACCGCAGAUGGAAACCUGAAGGUGUGCUUGUUUGGGACCUCUGAGGUGUCCCUCAGGGAUCUUUUACGUUCUGGGGCCUCUGAUGAAGAACUGCUGCAAAUCAUUGGAGCUGCUGUGGGCAGAAAGAAGAAACAGCAUGCAGGCAUGUUCACGCUGUCUCAAAUGAAGAACAGGCCUAUGAUCCUCAUUGGUACCACAUCCCAACACCCUUCAAGUGUGCCAAAUUCACAGACCAGCGAGAAGGUUUUACCUGUUUUUUGCAAGCUUGAAAGUGUCUCUCAACAGCUGUGUCCUUCCAGUAGGACAGUGCUGAAUAGAGAUACUGUUUCUUGCCUUUCAGAUUGCACUGAUUUAAAACAGACAACCCAUGUUUGCGACUGUAGAAUGUCAAUGAAUGAACAUACCCAAAUUAUUUUAUGUGUCAGAGAAGAAAAACUGUGUAAGACAGACGUUCUCUACAGUGUAGCACAUCUUCAGUCCAUUCAGUUGGACAAUCUGUUCCAGUAUCUCCGUUGUGUCAGUAAGAUUGCAGUUUAUUUGACACGCAUAAAUGCAGUGAGCUAUGCUAACACUCACUAUCUCAGAUACGCACAAUUUGGGAGUCUGAAAAUUUUUAAGAAAGACUUAGUCGGGACCCCAGGAACGUUUUGCACAUUAUCGGCGAAUGCCAAGCCCAGUGAAAACCGCUACAGUGUUAGACUGUGCCAUAAUCAAAUUUCAGUGAACGUCAGAAAUCUCAGGCAAUCAGCCAGCGAUCAGACCGUGUCAGCCAACCGUAACCAGCUGGAUGGUGCUGCCGAAGUCCAGCUGACACAUACAGAUGCCCAAGGCAGAGCCACCGUGGUGGAUAUUGGCAGAAAGCUUCCAACACGUCGAAUAGCCACAGCGUGUGCCGCGGUCAUCCUGGGCUCCACCGCCUUUAAGUUACUGCGGGACAACCAGCUGGUCAAGGGUGACGCGCUGACUGUGGCACAGUUGGCUGGCGUCAUGGCUUCCAAACAGACUUCAGCACUCAUCCCGCUCUGCCACACGCUUCCUUUAGAUCACACGUCUGUCGCCUUUGACCUCGAUGAGCCCCAGAACACUGUGGUUGUCACAGCAACCUGCCGCACUACAGGCAGGACAGGAGUGGAGAUGGAGGCUCUGACGGCAGUUACGGUGGCAGCGCUGACCAUCUAUGACAUGUGCAAGGCAGUGAGUCAUGACAUCAUCAUCACGGACAUAAAGCUGAUCCGUAAGACUGGCGGGAAGAGGGACUUUCAGCGUCAUUCACGACUUCUCCAGGAUUCUGACACUGUAAAAGCAGAAUAAAUAAGAUUUAACUUGCUCUGUUAAUCCCACAUAAUAUGAAAUAAAUUGCCAUGUUUAGUAAUUUUAAAAUGUUUGUUUCCGUGUCAUAGAUGUAGGUUUAGAGUGUUUGUUUUUGUCUAUAGAUGCUCAUCUGUCAGUCAGGAUUUUUACAGCAGAGCCACAUGUGGACUAUGUUCAGUUUAUCAGUGUUGAACACUAUAUCUAUAACCUCUGUCCCAUUUAUUACACACUGUAUAUUUAUAAUUUUACUAAGUUUCACCACAGUAUGAAUGUUUGGAUCAUCUGAGCGCUCAUCUGUUCAUUUCUGGGUUAUGAAUGUUGAAUGUUUAUGAUAGUUCUGAAGGAAUUCUCAGUUAUUACUUAUUAUUUCUUAAUCAUCACCGUUUAUCGUAGCUGACAAUAUAGUUGGUUCUUUUCUGUUUGAUAACCCACAUUAAUUCAUACUUUUGCCCACAUUUAUUUUAUAUGU